AUGGACGCGACGAACAUGGUGGCCCAGGAGGUCGAGGCACAUGGUGUCCGCACGUUCUCCGCCAAGGAGAUGUCCUUCAACAUCCUCGGUCUCAUGCACCCGCUACUCUUCUCGAUCACUCAAGUUGAGCCUAUCUGGGCCGACCUCAGUGGUGGUAUGGACCGCGUCGCCGACCUCGCUGAGAUCACUACUCGCAUCCGCCCGACGAUCAAUAAGAAGGCGAAGUUACGCCGCCCCAUCGCCUGUGGCAAUUCGGCCGAAUUCAAGACCAUCAACGGCGUCGAGGCCGAGCGUGUGCUGCAGACUGUCAACGUCACGCCCUGCGCCAACUUCGGCUUCGACUUCCCGGAGCUUGAGACACCUGAGACGCUCGAGGACUUCGCCAAGCUCCGUGACGUCAUCGAUCUUGAGAAGGUUGUGAUCAUCAUUGGCUACGGCGAGGUUGGCCCAUGGAGUAGUGCUCGUAUACGCUGGGAGAUGGAGGCACACGGCGAGCUCACGCUCGAGGGCUGUAUCGAGAUGGCCUGGAUGAUGGGCUACAUCAAGCACCUCGAUGAGCGCCUCAAGGAUGGCUCGCCCCACGUCGGCUGGGUUGACUCGAAGUCCGGCGAGCCUGUUGACGACAAGAACAUCAAGGGCAAGUACCAGCAGGACAUCAUUACUCACGCUGGUGUCCGUCUUCCUGAACUCUUCCGCGGUUACGAUCCCAAGCACAAGAUCUUCCACCAGGAGAUCGAGCUUCUGCAUGACCUGGAGCCGCUGGAGGUGGCUGGCGAUGAGGCCGAGCGCUUCAAGCGCGAGCACGCCGAGCGCUGCGACAUCUGGGCUGGCGAGGGCGGACAGUGGUUCGUCAAGUUCAAGAAGGGCGCACGCGUCUGGAUGCCGAAGGCGGUCGUCUUCAACCGCUAG